UGGUGGCUACCACUCGUAUAAUAGCGCAAAUACAAAUUUUAAUUACUUUGACAAUAUUUACACGCCUUUCGGCAACAGUGGCGGCUAUUAUAUGAACCCCUUUGCCACUGGCUUUGAUUUUAAUGCUUCAAAUUUGCAAGCCUCAGCACCAGAAUUCGUACCACGCUUCAAUAAUCUCAGUUUAAACGAGGGAAAUUUAGAAAAUAGCAAAACACAGAGUCAACAAGAAGUUAAUGAAACUGUUAGCAACGUCGCAAAACCAGACACAAAGAAUUUUGAAAUCCGGGCGAUCAACGAUUUGCCUCAAGAAAAUCAAGGCGCAGUGUUACUUGAGAAUGAUAAUAAAAUAUUGAAUGGUCUCGGCAGCAGUACCAUCGCCGCUGUUGCUGGUGAUAGUGGUGGUGGGGAUAACGUUCCGUUGACCGCAAUUGAAGAUAAUGCAACAAAGAAUGUAGCAAAAAUUGACUUGAGUGCCAAUUUCUCAAUACCGGUACAGCAGCAACCACAAAAAUUGGGCACAAAAGCAGGGUAUGCUGAAAUGCCCGACAACAAGCGCCAAAGUAAUGACACACACAUAAUGGCCAACACUAACUUGUUUAAUCCAAAUUCAACUGGUUCUUCAUCCUGUUCUGCCGGUGGUGUUGGGUCGCGUUAUACCGGGACCACAAACAAGCAACAGGCCUCCAACGGCAAUGGUUCGCGUGGUUCAUCAUCGAAUGGUUAUUCCCGAAGCGGUCAUGACUACACCGGUUCAUCUCACAACUACGAACGUAAUGGAGGCGGUGGCAAUAAGCACAACAAUGAUAGCCUGGAUAAAUCGGAAAAACCUUCAGCACGUGCUGAACGUGAACGUGAACGCGAUCGAGAUGCCCGUCGCUACCAAAAUGGGCGACGUUCUGUUGACUAUCAUCGUAGCAACAAGCGUCGUGAUGAUUGGAAUCGUAAUCGGGACCGUAUAAAUGGUUUUCGCGUAGAAGAGAAAUACUCAAUCGAUAAUGGCAAGGACAGUCCGUUACCUUCGCCGGAAAAGAAAUCUUCACCGAAAAAAGUCUACCCUGAAAAUGAGAAAUUGUCACAACGUGAAAAGCUCAUACGUGACAUUGAGACACGUCGUUUGGAAUGUUUGGUUUGCGUAGAGCCCAUCAAAGCACACCAUGCCGUUUGGUCCUGCAACAAUUGUUAUCACAUACUUCAUUUACAAUGUAUCAUCAAAUGGGCUUCAUCAUCCAAAUCAGAGGACGGUUGGCGUUGUCCUGCAUGUCAGAAUGUCGUGAAGGAGGUGCCACGCGACUACUAUUGCUUCUGCGGCAAGGUAAAGAAUCCACCCUAUACUCGUCACGAUAUCGCACACUCCUGUGGGGACACCUGCCGUCGUGUCGAAGGUUGCAUACAUGCUUGUACCCUCCUUUGUCAUCCCGGUCCAUGCCCACCAUGUCAGGCCUAUGUGAAACGCGAAUGUGGCUGCGGCAAAACAACCAAGACAAUGCAAUGCUGCGUGAAAGAAGCCAUUGAGUGCGAAUCAAUUUGUGGAAAAUUAUUGAACUGUGAACAGCACAAGUGCCCGGCUAAAUGUCACGAAGGUAAGUGUGCGCCAUGCGCCGAAAAGGUGGAGCAACAGUGCCACUGCACCAAGCAGGAGCGUCAAGUUGCCUGCACACGCGACUCUCACGAUAAGCACAGCUACUCAUGCGGCAAGCCGUGUGGCAAAGAUUUGGCUUGCGGUAAUCACAAGUGUAAGGACUGUUGUCACCCGGGCGAAUGUCGCACAUGCAAACUUAGUCCGGAAGUGGUUACCUCGUGUCCAUGCGGUAAAAUGCCAAUCGUCGUUGGCCAAAGGCAAUCCUGUUUGGAUUCUAUACCGGUGUGUGAAGGCGUAUGCGGUAAGACCCUGCGUUGUGGUAAGCCCGCACAUCCUCAUCAUUGCACUAGCAAAUGUCACCUGGGUAAUUGCCCACCAUGCAACAAACAGACCGCCGUUAAGUGUCGUUGCGGCCAUAUGGACCAGCUUAUCAAGUGUCGUCAGCUGUCGACGCGUGCCGAUGAUGCACGCUGCAAGAAGCGUUGCGUUAAGAAACGUUCGUGCGGCAAGCACAAAUGUAAUCAGGAAUGCUGCAUCGAUAUCGAUCACAUCUGUCCGUUGCCAUGCAACUAUACGCUAUCGUGCGGCAAACACAAAUGCGACCAACCCUGCCACCGCGGCAACUGUCCGCCUUGCUAUCGCUCGUCCUUUGAGGAACUGUACUGUGAAUGUGGCGCCGAAGUCAUCUAUCCCCCAGUGCCCUGUGGCACCAAAAGGCCAGCCUGCAAGCGUCUUUGCUCGCGCUCUCAUCCCUGUCAACAUCCACCACAGCACAAUUGUCACUCUGCAUCCAACUGUCCACCAUGCAUGAUGUUCACCACAAAGUGGUGUUUCGGUAAGCAUGAACAGCGCAAAACCAUUCCAUGCUCGCAAGAGAGUUUCAGCUGUGGCUUGGCAUGCGGCAAGGCACUACCUUGUGGGCGUCACAAGUGCAUCAAAACCUGCCACGAGGGUGCAUGUCAGACGCCUGGCGAGGUGUGCAAACAACAUUGCCCCAAGUUGCGCUCCACAUGCGGCCACAAGUGCAUGUCGCCAUGUCAUGAUGGCGAUUGCCCGGAUACACCGUGCAAGGAAAUGGUCGAAGUACAAUGCGAGUGCGGCAACCGUAAACAGAUGCGUUUGUGCCACGACUUGGCACGUGAAUUCAGUCGCAUUGCCACUGCCCAGUUGGCCUCUUCAAUGGCCGAAAUGCAACGCGGCAACUACAUGGAACUAAGCGAAAUUCUCGCCCCCGUUAAAAUAAAUAAAACAAAUAAAACCUUGGAUUGUAACGAAGAAUGCCGUUUGCUCGAACGCAAUCGUCGCCUGGCUAUAGGGCUACAAAUCCGCAAUCCCGAUGUGCCGCAAAAACUACAAACCAAAUAUUCUGAUUUUAUACGCAAUUUUGCUAAACGUGACCCCACUUUGGUAAAAUCCAUACAUGAUGCUCUAACCAAUUUGGUAAAGCUCGCUAAGGAGAGCAAGCAGAAAUCACGUAGUCACUCUUUCCCAACAAUGAAUCGCGAAAAAAGGCAGCUGGUGCAUGAAAUGUGCGAAAUGUUUGGUGUGGAGUCGGUUGCCUACGAUGCAGAGCCGAAUCGUAACGUGGUAGCUACAGCCUACAAGGAUCGGUCCUGGUUGCCUGCUACCAGCAUCAUGGAGGUUGUGCAGCGCGAGUCUGGUCAGCGUCGUGUGCCUGUGCCGAGUAACAAUGCUUGGGGAAUGAAGAGAUAGAACUUUUUCCUAUUAACAAUUGGAUGGUGAAUGCGAAUACAACAUGAAAUUGUAUCGUUGAAUAGAUCGUUUGAAUGUAUGCCGUGUUACACUAGACAAACAAACAAAAAAAAAAAACAGAAACUAGAGAACCAGGAGAAACGAGUAACAUUAAUCCAAAACCAUCAAAACAAAAAUAUUCAAUUCUAAUAUUACAACUUAUAAAUUCAAAAAUAUUGCAUAAUAAUAUAAAAAAUAAUAAUAUUAAAAUUAACUAAAGUUUAGCCAAAAAUCAAAAUUACAAAAUUGUCAUUUCUCCUAAUUGGCUUGUGUUAUUUUUUCUAAACAAUUUUUUGUAUUGCUACCAGUGUCUUCUAUUUCCUCUGCUAUUGACAACUCAUGGCCACUACCACUUCAUUACUCCAAGUUCUGCGCACUUUAAAUUGAUUGUCUUUAUAAUAGUUUGCUUUUUACCUCCCUUUUAUUAGCUCGGGAUGUAACUAUGUAAUAUUGAUGCGCCUAAAAGAUGCAGCGAUUUCUAUUCUCAAGUUACAUCCUGAUGACAAUACGAAUGGGAAUUAUAAUAGCGAGGUUUUAGUUUUUUAAACUACAAUUUUUUUUAUUUACAUCCAAUUCUUUAUAUGGCUGAAUAUGAAUUUGAAAAUACUUAUUUUUAUUUACAAGACAAUACUGCAACAUUACAAAAUACAUACAUACAUACAUACAUACAUAUAUAUUACAUAAAAUACGGUGGAAGUAGAAUGUGAGUAUAAAAAAAUUUAAUUCUUCAGCGAAAUACAUACAUACUUGUGAAUGAUUUGUACACAAAACAAAACAAAAAGAAACAAAUGAGUAAAUUGUGAAUGAAUCAGCCGUAUGAAUCAUAAAUAUAUUCCUGAAUGUAAAGAGAAAUCAAAUUGAAUAAAGUUGUUUAUUAAUAUGUA